CAUAACAAAGAAAUUUCCACCACUCGAGCAUUCUCAUCUCAAAUCCAAAGCAACGCAGUCGUCGGAAGAGAGCUGAACAAUUAAACAAAAUAAUGAACGCCAAUGCACCAAUGCCAUGGAUAGGCCUAUACGCUGCUUUAGCAUCUCUAACGUGGACUCUUUUACUUGUGCUUGAUGCAGUGAUCUCUAUACACAGUAGAAAAUUAUGGUUCCCCUGCAGAUAUUCUGCUCUCAAUGCUGUUUCCAUGACUGCGUUAUCCAUCGCAGUGAAGUUGUCAAUGGAUCUAACUACCCCGAUGAAAGGUAAGUAUGAUCAAGCUGCUAAAUGUAGUAGCACUGCUUUCUUGUGUAUUUCAACCACUCAUUUCAUGCCUUCUCUCGGAUCCAUGAGUGAUAGAGAUAUAUUAGUGAACUUGACAGCACUGGGAUCCCUUAUAGUGACGCUUACCGUAAAUGUUAUCAUCCAAGUAUUCACAGGCGUGAUUGAAGAACAUUUCCAAGGGGUGAUUGUCUUUAUGAAUAUUUAUGCGUUAAUUGUAUUGAGCUCUUCUGCUUUAACAGUAUUUACAAGUAAAAUGUAUUUGGAAGACAAGUAUAAAGAAUUGCGUACAUUAAUUUCGGCAGAGGAACUACAAGGAGGCGAAUUAAUGGACUUUGACAAGUUAAAGUCACGAGUGAAGAAGUACUGGGUGAUGGCAGAAACAGGUAACCCUCAGUUUGUAAUGGCACGAUCUGAGGCCAGUGGCGCUUUAUUCUUGAUCUGUGCCAUUAGUUACAGCUAUAAUGCAGGUUAUGCAACAAUGUUGCUUGAACAAAGUAAGUUAAAUAUAGACUCCAGCUAUAAAUGUUCAGUAUAUUUUGUUUUUUUGACACAAUAUGUAGGUAUGGCUUUUUGCACUGUCAUGUCUUUAGGAAGAUUUUUAGUAGCUUUACUUCACGCUGUACGGAAUAUUAGAAAAUGUACCAUCUCUAGCAUUUCAUCAGAAAUAAAGAAUUACAGAAUCGAAAGACUGGUAGAGUGGAAAAAAAGACUCCCACCAUUACAAGUUCGAGGCCAGAAGUGUAGAAAAAUUAUUUAUCACAUCAGAAAUCUACUUCUCAACAUUUGUAUAGGAAGUCAGAUAGUGAUUGUGAUCACGAAUAAAUUGCUUCUGCCAAUCUCAAUUUUUGGAUCUCUCUGCUUAUUGAUGCUUUAUCAAGUAAUCCCAUUGAGCUUCGUACUCUUUAUUGGUAUCUUGAGGAAGAGAAUCAUUAGAUGUUUUGUGAUGUUGAAGAAAUUUUUCUUAAGGGAAUCCGAGGACUUGAUCAUUCCAAAUGAACGAGAACACAUUCUUGGUUAUGAGCAAGAUAUUGGAGAAUUUGUUUUACUUCUAGAAAGUGAGGCAAUACAAGAUGGAUACCUGAAGUUCGUUAACACUUCUAUUAAUUCAUGCAUAAAGAUGGGUGCAAAGCGUCAGCCUAGAUAUCUAAUGGAGCUUAUGGAGAAUUCCACCAGCUUCGAGGGUGUAUUAAAAUUUGAAAGUGAUCAAGUCUCUCCGAUAAUUCGCACCAAACAUCUUAAUUCCUGGAGUCUUUCUGUGGCAACACUAACAAGCAUCAUUGAAGCUCUUCCCAACAUUCAAAAUGAGAAGAGGAAUCAAUUGUUAAAAAGCGUCAUUGAAGGUUUUAGGUAUGUGCGCCUUAUAGAGAAAAAUCUGGAUGUUUAUAAAAAAUUGGAAAGCAGCACGAGUGCUGCAGAAUUUGCGUGGGUUCUAGUUGAAUUGAGACACAAGUGGUUGGACAUGGACCUCCAAAAAAUUUCCAGGGUAUCAAAUUCCUGCAAAGAAACUCUUCAGAAGCUUGCAAAUAGAAGUGAAGAAAUUUUGACGGAAUUCCCAAGUAGAAUGAAUGAAAAUGCUUGGGAAAAUUUGCCUGAAAAUAUCAUAAUUGCUAAUUCAAUGCACAAAAUAAGCCAUAGUUUGCUGUUGGUUUAUGAAGAAAGCUAUCAUUCAGCAUCAGAUACUCAAGUGUUUGAGAGAUUGUCAGUUAUCGUUGCAGAUAUAUUUGCUGCAUGCCUAAGCAAUUUACCUCAUGUUAUACUCAAGAAAUGCAACAACAACGUCAUAGAAGAACGGGAGAAAAGCAUCCGGGAAGCAACUCACCUUUUGGGAGAAACUCAAGGCAUUCUAAAAGCUCUUCAAAAGCUUGAAAUUCCUAAUCUAUCACCUGAACAAUCAAUUUACAUUGAUGAAUGGCGUACUUUACUCAAACACACUGACCAUGGUAUUUCUGACUCAACUCCUAGCAGUGAGAAUAUUGUUACCGCUUCAAGUGGUGAGGUGCAUUUGGGUAUUCAAGAGCUUUGUGCAAGUGCUAAAGCAGAACCUUUGGAAAUGGAUGAAGGCAACACGGAGUGUCAUGAGAGCGGUGAAAUGGCCGAAAAGUCACGAGAAGAAAAAGAGAACAGCCAAGAAUAAAACCCCAACAUUUCCACUUUCGGAAGUUAUCCUUUUAUAAGCAUCUUUCUUGUGUGUUUAUUGGAGUUUGCCACGCAAUUAAUGUUGUGAUUUGUGAGUCAUUCAGUAAUAUUGUAUUAUCUUGAAAACCUAGUGGCACCUAAUGUUGGCAUGUUUUAGACAUUAUUUUGCUUAUUUUUAAGAUUAAAAGUGUCAUUCAAUAUUGUUAUGCUGUUAUAAUUUGUUGAUCAAUAAAAUAGAUAAUUCACUUA